AUGUUAACUAGAAUUCUACUGAUGUGCCUAACAUUUGGAUCUAUCCAUCAGUUGGUAUCCUGCAUGAUAACCAAUGGCUACAAAGACCACAGUGACUUCAUUUCCAAGAUACCGGAUACUAAAUUGGUCCGUAAUCUAGCUUUAAUUGGAACCUUCCAUUCAGCAGCAUUCAAGCCGAUGAAAUACGUCCGUACUCAGAAUUUGACCAUAUCUGAGCAACUACAAGCUGGAAUUCGCGUGCUGGACAUUCACUUGAGUGUAGACUUUGAUAAGUUGAAAGUCUAUUACAACCUGGAAUAUUUAAACUGCACUUUCGAUGACGUACUAACCGAAGUACAAAGCUUUAUGACUCUUAAUCCUAAAGAACUGGUCAUAAUUCUACUGUCAGUAAACUUGAACUUCUUCUUGACCGACUCAAUAAGUUGCGAAGUGCUUGAUAGUUACGUCGGGAGAUGGCAGAAGCGCGGAUUAAAGUUAGUGCAAGAUUGGUCGUUGUUGGAAGAUUAUGUAGGAGAGCACCGAGGUCACGUUUUGCUGGGCCAUGUUAGAGAGUCAAAUUUUAAAAGUUGUUCAGUGUACUUACCUUGCGAAGUUCAAGACAAUUGGAACGUUACUGAUGCAGAAAAGAAGUGGAAGUUUGUUAAAGACAGCCAGGAUGGAAUGUUGUUUGCUUAUCAUCCUUAUCACUCGUGUUAUAUUAAUUAUUUGGCUAGUUAUAAUCCGUUGAUAAUGAAUUAUUGGCAACCUGAUUCAGAUGAUGGAGCAGAUGAAUUGAAAUUGGGGAUGAUGAGAAUUGAAGAUGUUAAUGAAAGGAUGGCGGGUUAUUUUAGAAAUCCUUAUGAUACUUUGGAUAUGGUUGUUACUGAAUUUCCGAUAUUUGGAGGAUUAGGCCAAUCCUGCAGCCGGAAUGAAGACUGCCUCCUUAAAAACUCAGAGUGCAGGGGAUCGACUUGCAAGUGCUUGGCUAAUUUCAUCAAGCUUGAUGGUAAGUGCAUGCCGCUGAUUGGAGGCACCUGUGAGAAGGAAGAUGACUGCCGGAUAGUCAACACUAACUGUGAUGGAGUCUGCAAGUGUAGAGAAGGACUUGGGCCUGCAGAGGACAACACUUAUUGCAGGGAUAAUACUAUAAGAAUUGGAAGCAGCUGCAAAGGCGAUGACUGCAAUUCGAUCAGAAAUGCCGUUUGCAAAGAAGCAAAAAGACGCUCGUUAUUGUCCUCACUGAAGGAGAAAGAGAACACAAGGUUUAAGUGUCAAUGCAAACCUGACCAUUAUCAGCUGGGGAAGGAAUGUGCCAAGUUCGCGAAAGGGUUGAAGGACAAGUGUGAGGACAGGGUUGGAUGUGCCAGGAUUCCUGGAAGCAGGUGUGAUAAGGUCAGCAUGACUUGCCAGUGCUUAGAGAAGUACUUCUACCAGGUUGAAGACACUUGCUUCAAGAAAGCGAAAGGGCUAGGAAACGAGUGCAAGACUGAUGAAGGUUGCACGAAAAUUGAUAACGCAGAAUGUCUGGAUAAUACAUGUCAGUGCAAGGAGGAAUUCUACAAUUGGGAAGGAGUGUGCUACAAAUAUGCAGAUAAUCUUGGAGAAAUCUGUUAUAAUGAUGGCUGCAAGAAGCUAAACGGCUCGGAGUGUGUUGAAGGAAUGUGCAAGUGCAAGGUUGGUUGGUAUUCUUUCGGCAAUAAGUGUUUUGAGAAACCAACAGCAAUUGGCGCAGAAUGCAAAAGCGAUGACGGAUGUGAGCAGAUAAGUGGCUCUAAGUGUGAUAACGGUGUUUGCAAUUGCAAGACUGGUUUCUAUUUAGCAGAAAACAGCGGAAUCUGCUUACCGUUGCCUAAAGAUUUGAACAAGAAUUGCGUUGAUACCCAAGAUUGCAAAACGCUGUUUUCUGAGUGUUCCAACGGAACCUGCGACUGCAGGGAGGAUUAUGUUGUGCAUAAUGGAGUCUGCUACGGUCUGCCUGGUGCUCAAUGUUAUGGUGAUAAGGAUUGUGCCUCGGUAUCUUAUUACUGUGAUUCGGGAACUUGUCAGAAGGCAGCUUCUGUGAAUGGUAAGCUAGUAGGUUGCUUCAGUGAUUCAUUGGAUGAUACUUUAAUGGUCUUUUUCUGGCAGUUACUUGCUACUGGGGGACACUGGGGCUCAAUAGAGUGA